AUGGCUACAAGCAAUGAAUGUUUUUUGUGUCGUCAAUCCAAUAAAAAACAAAGAAGUAGUAUUAUGUGUACAGGUUGUUCUCAACGAUUUUGUCAACCACAUCACAAAGAACAUCGAGAAUCGAUCACCAAAGAUUUCAAUUGUCUUAUAGAAGAACAUAAUAUUCUAAGGCAACGUUUAUUCAGCGAAAAUGAUGAUAAAAAUAGUACAAAAUCAAGUCUAUUAAAAAGAAUCGAAACGUGGGAAAAAGAUAUGAUAAAAAAUAUUCAGGCAACAGCGGCUACAGCUAAAACAUGUGUAAUUCAGAUGAUAAAUGAAGAAAAAGAUCAACUGAAAAAAACCUUUACAUCAGCGGCUAACGAAUUAAAAGCAAAUCAAACAGGCAAUGAUUAUGUCGAAACAGAUGUUCAAGAAUGGCGAAAACAACUGAACGACUGCCAACAAAAAUUCGAGAAACACUUAUUAUCAAAUAAUAAUUUUAUUGAUAUUGCUAUAGCACCAUUGGAUUUUGAAAAUAGUAUUUCUAUCAAUCGACACAAUGAAAUAAAAAUAUCGACAAGAUUUAAUCCUGCGCCACCAAGACUCAUUAGAAACGAACCAAACAUAGAUUGUAAAAGCUGUGACAGAUCUUUUCCUAAAAGCUCGGGAUAUGUUGAGUUUUGCUCAGAGGACUGUUCUAACAACUACACAACAAAUCAUUCAAGUUACGACAGCUCUGAUGAUGAUCGUGGUAGUGGAUGUUUUCAUGGAGAUUCUGUGGUAUUAUUGGCGAAUGGACUCUUGAAGCUGGUGAAAGACAUUCGUCGAGGUGACGCUCUUAGAGCUCCUGGUGGUUUAGAAUCUACCAUCACUCAUGUUGUUAAGAUUAAAUGUGCAAAAGGUAAAGCAUCGAUGGUUACUUUAGAUAGUGGUCUUGUUAUUACGCCAUGGCAUCCAAUAAGAAUCGAUGGUAAUUGGAAAUUCCCUCAUGAUAUUCGUCAUGAAAAAGAAAUUGAAUGUCAAGAAAUGUACAAUUUCGUUCUCGACAAAUGCCAUAUUGCCAUUAUAAAUGGUUUCGAGUGUGUCACGUUGGGACAUAAUUUUAAAGGAGAAGUUAUCGAACAUCCGUAUUAUGGAACAGAAAAAGUUGUGGAUGAUUUAUGCGCCAUGGACGUUUUAAAAACUGGUUUCAUUGAACUGCAAUCGCAUUCAACUAUUCGAGACAGUAAAACAAGAUUUGUAACAGGAAUUCGUAUAAUCAAUGAAAAGUUUCAUCCGUCGACACUUCUUUCGUGCUGA